AUGGUUUUGCGAGAGAAUCAGGUGGGUUCCAGGAGUACGGAUGAAACCAAUUUGGACUGCACGCAAAGUAUUCCGUUCCCUCCCCCUUCCAAAGAUACGCUAGCCCUGACAGUUAGCGCUGGAUGGCCAAUUCAACAGCCAAUUGAAGCCAGUGUUGGAACGUAUACACUGUUCGCAGCCACAGUGGAUCGGCUUGCUAUUCCAUCCGGAGUGGAGCACGAUUUGAGUGGACUCAACAGGCUUCAAGGUCCAAAAAUGUUCGAUGCGGUCGUGUGG